AUGAAAAAACAAAGCUAGAAAAAACUCAAAGAAUUUGUAGCUUAUGUAAAAUUAAGCUAGCUGAGUAGGUAGCAAAAAGAGAUGGAACUUAUGUCAAAAGCAUGGUCCGAGUAUACUAUUAGAUAAGGUUAAAUCAAUCACUACUAUCGCUAUUAACACGACGUAGCAGAGUUUGCACAGAACUAAAAUAAAUUGAAUAUCAAAGAAGCAUCAAGAUCUGGGAUUUUCAUAAAAAUUCAAGGAUAAAAGUUCAUUUAUGAUUUAGUCUAAAAUUUUAGUGCAGGAAAUUUGGGCAAACUAAGUCAUCAAGUUCAUUGUCUAGGUUGA